UGUCAUGUCGGCCUCCUGCUGAAGCCGCAUGUUACAUUUCUCUAAAGGUUUCAGCUGUAUUUUCAUAUCUACGUUUGCGGAAUUAACGUGACAAUAUACAACUUUUGUUUUAUUUAAAGAUCGCCGUGAAAAUGUUACCAAUAUGACUGACGUUGUGCAAAAGGGCCACGGAUUGAGGUUUGCCGAGCAGCUGCUUAAGAGUCACGGCUGGAAAGAGGGUAAAGGACUGGGUCGGGAUGAGAACGGUAUAUCUGAACCCAUCAAGGUUAAAGUGAAAUGCAACAAAGGCGGGGUGGGCCACCAAGAAGGAGAGCAGUUCACUUUCCAGUGGUGGGAUCACGUCUUCAACAAGGCUUCAUCCAGCCUGCAGGUGGAAUCCCAUCAGGAUGGCAUUUCAUUAAAGAAGACUGAGAACGGUGAAGAAGACGGUGGCGUGAUUUCUAACAAGAAGCCUCGGAAGGCCUCACUGGCUAAAGCCAAAAUCUACGGAAGCUUUGUCAAGUCGGCAACACUUCUGUCUGGUCAGGAGCAGCCAGGACGAGCAGUCGACAGUGAUAGCAGCAGCUCGGACCAGGAGGAAGAUAAACUAGAUCUGUCGUCCAUUGCCAAGCUGUCUGAUUGCAACCUCAUGAAGGCUUGCGGAGGACGCACUGCCCACAAAGGAGCCAGACACGGCUUGAAGAUGAGCGCUAAGCUAGCCCGGCUGGAGCAGCAGGAGGCCGAAUUCAUGGCCAAAUACGGUAAAAAGACUGAAGACCGGAAGGAAGGAAUCAAGACUAAAAACGAGAAGACAUCCAAGGAGAAGACUGAAGAAUUAAAUGUCCACCAUGUUUCACUUUCUGAACCGACUGACAUCAAAAUCAAAAAGAAGAAAAAGAAAAGGACCGAUGAAGAGGAGGAAACGACACGCGUCGAAAACGGUCACGAGAACCACAAGAGGAAGCAGAAAAAGAAGAAAAACGGAGAGUUUCCAAAUCCAGAGCUUGAUGUCACUCCGCUGCUGAAAAAGAAGAAAAAGAGAGAGCAGCAAGUUUCAGUAGAAGAAACACAGCAGAGUAACCAUGCAGAGCCGCUUGAACAUCAAGUCAAGAAGAAAAGAAAAAAGAGCAAAAAAGACUCAAACAUUUGCGAGGAGCCUCAAGCAUCACCUCCAACAAAGAAGAAGAAAAAGUCCAAAGAAUAACUUUUUGAAUUUGUCUCUCUGAUUUUUUUUAAACACCCUAAAUAAAUCUUUGCUUCCAUUCUUUUUUUUGUGUAAGGUCCAAACAGUUGAAAUUAGGAGCUAACAAAAUGUUUGUUUGUCGUAGCCACCCAAAAUUGACAAUGGCCUGAAUAGGAUAUUUGAGUUUAUUCUCCCCAAUACCUUGAGGUUAUUAAUAGUUUACAUUUGUUGAAAUGAACAGGACAUGGCGCAAAGGUGGAUUGGGCAACUCAACUUCUCGGAAAGUAUUAUACGAAACAAGGUUAAAAUAGAGGAAGUCAGAGAUUUGCGUUAGAGAAUCUGUUGAUAAACAGAACACACAACAUGCUGCCUCAUUUUUUUAUCCUCACAUUAGGAUUUGGAUUUUCGAUUAAAAUGUCAAUCUAGCAAUCCUGUGGUUUU